UCACAUUAUUGAUCGGUUUCAAAACUCCGUGUGCGUCGUCUGGCUUGCCGGCUUAUUCGACGGUUAAUAAUUAGAUUAUACAGUAACAAAACAAAAUUUAAUACAUCACUGUAAAAUGUCAGUUCACAAUAUCUUAUUGGAUUUCUCGAUUGAAGCGGCCCGUCUGGAAGAUGAAAACGGCCAAAAAGAUAUCUUUGGACAAUUGGAAACUCUAUUAAAAGAAUAUAUACCAAAUUUGAUCCUAGCCACCGACAUAAAAUUGGAAGAUGGUUCAUUGAAAUUAUUAACCGGUAAUAAAGGAACGACUGUAUCCGUUAGGAUGUUUGACCGAGGUUUCAUUACUUUAAAUAUUGAAUUUUACAAGGGCGGAAAUGAGGAGUCCGUGAUCGAUCACAAGACUGCCAAAGAACUUGAAAGCAAAAUAAAAAAAUAUAUUUCUAGUAUAAAGUCACAAACAUAUAUUCCACUAAAGAGAUGUUUGUUUGGUAGAUAUUAUCCUAGUUCAGAUGGACGUCUCCUGGAAUAUGAUAUUGAUGAAGUUGUAUUUGAUCAAGAAUCUCCAUUCCAAAGAGUUCAAAUUGUUCAUUCUAAGUCAUUAGGAAACAUGUUAGUGCUGGAUGAUUUACAAAAUAUCUCAGAAGCUGAUCUAAUUUACACUGAAACUUUGAUGCAGAGAAACAAGGAGAAUUAUGAAGGAAAGGAAAUUGUCAUACUCGGAGGGGGCGACGGCGCGCUGCUGUACGAGCUGCUAAAAGAGAAGCCGAAGUACGUGUGGAUGUUGGAAAUCGAUGAACUAGUCAUGAACGCCUGCAACAAGCACCUCAACUCCAUCUGCGGCGACGUACUCGAGAAACGCAAGGGGCCUAACUAUGAGAUAAUCGUCGCCGACUGCAUGAUCACCGUCAACAAGUUCAUAAAGGAGGGCAAGAAAGUUGACUACAUCUUCGGCGACCUCACCGACAUCCCCAUCUCCGACACCGUAGAGGGAGAAAUCUGGGAAUUCAUGAUCACCAUCCUCAAAGCUUCCUUCAGAAUAUUACGGUCUUCUGGGAAGUUUAUGACGCACGGGAACGGUGCGACAUCCGGCGAGUCCUUGCAACUGUACGAACAAGAGUUAUCCAAACUCGAUCCUCCGGUCGCCUUCCAAAGGAGCAUGGCGUUCGUGCCUUCGUUCUUCGAGGACUGGAUCUUCUACCAAAUCACUUUCAAGGACAAAGGAACUGGAGAUGAUUAACAAAACGCCAAAUAAUUGUUGUAGAUUACAAAUCUAAGUCAAUUUUUUUUUUGUCAAAACUAUUUUGUAUUUAGUUCACAGAUUGAUUGUUGAAUGAACGAAAAAUGUACAGCUUGUUAAUAAGCAGUAGUGUUAAAUUAGGAAUUUAGCAUUAGAAAUGUAAUAAAUAGAAUGUUGUUUUAUAUGACGAACGAAUUUUGUAUAAGAAAUUUAGAAGUAUCUAUGGAGCUCUGUUUAAUGUUUCAUACCUCUAGUUCCUCUACCUCAAAAAACAUUAGUAUAUUUAAUUUAACUGCAAUACAAUUCAAAACAGAGGACUCCUUGACAAAUAUAUAAAUGCUAUUAAAAUUUAUAUGAAAAUUCACAAUGUAAAGUUUAUUAGAAGCAUUGAUGUUUAAAAAAUAUUCAAUGUGUUACCAUUACGUAUGCAAUACGAAUUAGUUUUCUAUAUUAGAUAAGGGAUGUGGAAGAUGUAUAAAGUUGUGUAUAUACUAAGUUAUGUACCCUCAUAAGACUUUAUACGUACUCUGUUAGCAUAAUUGAAUUAUUUACUAACUGUGAAAUUAUAAUUUUGAACGAACUAAAAUUGUGUUUUACAUCGACGUGCGCGACUUCGUCACACGCUAGCAAUGCAUUAAUCUAUAUUUCCGAAAGCCCGUUCAAGUUGUAUAAUUAGUGUGUACAAUUCAAGCUUAUCACAUUUUUUUUUUCGUUUAAUAAAAACUUCCCAAAACAAUUUAUUUUUUAUUAAAUAGGUUAAGAUUGUUAUGUUAAAGAUCUACCGCUUAAAGUUUUUUAAGGAAAAGUAAUAUCGUAAUCUAUGAUUUAAAUCAGAAUUUCCCAAAGUGGGCGAUAACGCCCCACUGCAGGUGCUUCAGGUCUAAAGAGGGCGAUAAGAGACCCAGAAAAAUAAUUUUGGGAGCCCCUGAUUUAAAUGAUACACAAUCGGCAUUUUUUCAAUGGCCUGCAUAGGCUUUAGGAGAUGGAAAAAGUGAAAAAUUGCGCAGGAAAUUCCAAUUAUAU